AGCUGCUGGUGUUGCCAUGAUGAUGAUGAUGAUACCCUCCCUCCCACACACUGGAGAAAAGGAUGGCUUGAGGCUGGCAAACACACUCACGCGCUGCUCGACUGCAUCACAUUGCAACAUGGAGGCUGUCCACCGCAGAAGGUAACAUCUUCUUCUCCUCUGUUUCCGUCGCAUUAAAUGUGGCCCGCCAUGUUUGCGUUCAUGCAUUAAAGUAGCGGAGACGUCACCUGACCACCAAGCCCUCCCCUGCAAGGGGGGCGUGUUCAAAGACUAGCAUUGGCAGAUGGAGGCGCAGCAACACUCCCCUGACAGCAGCAGUGAGGAGUGCACAGUCCUGGAGGCUCCGCCCACUAAAGACACCUGCCCGCAACACGGCGGAAAGGUGUCUGAAUACUGUUGUGUGUGUGUGUGCACGCUGUGUGAUGAGUGUGUGCAUGACAAGGAGCACGCCAGGGUACCUUUAAUCCAAGCCUUGGAGGAACACCGUCAAACCUUGCAGGCAAAGCUAAGAUCUGCUCAUGACAGACUCCCACAAAUUUCCGACGCCGUGGUCCUGGUCAGAGAGAUGGUGCAGCAGUUAAGCAAUCAGAAAACUGCCAUCGAAGAGGACAUCAUGGGCAGCUUUGAGGACCUCCACAAGCAGCUGGAUGUGAGAAAGAGUGUCCUUCUCAUGGAGCUGGAGGUCACCUUUGGACUCAAGCAGAAGGUUCUUCAGGCUCAGCUGGAGAGCCUCCUGCAGGGAGAGGGCGCUGUGGAGUCAGCCUGUUCACGUGCUGAAGACGCCUUGACCAUGGAAGCAUGCAGUGGCAGUUUAGAAGAAGAGCUGGAGCUUAAGGACAAACUGGAGGAGCUAGUUGGGAUUCACUUUCCAUGUCAGCCAGAGGAGAAUGAUCAGCUGGACCUGGUCCUGGAGACGGACGGCCUGAGGAAGUGGAUCCACAACUUGGGGACCAUCGUCACCACCAGUGCUGUGGCGAGCCAGAGUGAGGCCAUGGGUGCCGGUCUGGAACAGUGCAUUGUGGGACUUCCUGCCUCUGUUACCAUUGUAACAAGAGACAAGUCAGGAGGCGCCUGCAAGAGCGGCAACGCUAUCUUGUCAGCCGAGGUCUUUACGCCUGAUGGCAGCAUUGUAGACGGCGAGAUGGUAGACCGCAAAAACGGAACAUACGAGUUUGUCUACAUGGUGCCCAAAGAGGGCGAUUUCUCGUUGGCCCUGCGUCUGUACGACCAGCACAUCAAAGGAAGUCCUUUCAAGUUGAGCGUAAGCAGGCCGCAGGUGUCGCCAUCCUCCGCCACGGCCAACGCCACGCCUUCCACGGGCUCCUCCGAGGGCACCAAGAGGCGGGGAAAGUCCCCUGGCCAAAAGAAAAAGAGUUCCAAAAGGGCCAGCAGUGCCCUCGGAACACCACGCCGCAAAACUCAGAACCCAAUCGAAGAUGAUCUCAUCUUUCGAACUGGAACCAAAGGGCGGAACAAAGGAGAGUUUACUAACCUGCAAGGAGUCGCCGCAGCCUCUGACGGAAACAUCCUGAUUGCUGAUAGCAACAACCAAUGUGUGCAGAUUUUUUCCAGCAAGGGAGAAUUCAAGAGUCGAUUUGGUGUGCGUGGACGGUCGCCAGGGCAACUGCAGCGCCCAACUGGCGUGGCUGUGCACCCCAGCGGCGACAUCAUCAUAGCUGACUAUGACAACAAGUGGGUCAGCAUCUUCUCCAGCGACGGCAAGUUCAAGGCCAAACUGGGCUCCGCCAGGCUGAUGGGGCCCAAGGGUGUCACUGUGGACCGCAACGGUCACGUCAUUGUGGUGGACAACAAAGCGUGCACCGUGUUCAUCUUCCAGCUGACUGGCAAGCUCGUUACCAAAUUCGGGAGCCGCGGGAACGGCGACAAGCAGUUUGCAGGUCCACACUUUGCUGCCGUCAAUGAAAAAAAUGAAAUCAUUGUUAGCGACUUCCACAACCACUCAGUUAAGGUCUUCACGCCAGAAGGAGAACUGGUGCUCAAAUUCGGCUCCAACGGUGAGGGCAACGGACAGUUUAACGCCCCCACCGGUGUGGCCGUGGACGUGAACGGGAACAUCAUUGUGGCUGACUGGGGAAACAGUAGGAUACAGGUGUUUGACGGCAACGGGUCCUUCCUGUCCUACAUCAACACAUCGGCUGACCCCCUUUACGGGCCCCAGGGAUUGGCCCUGACAGAUGACGGACACGUGGUGGUGGCUGACUCGGGUAACCAUUGCUUCAAAGUGUACCGGUACCUGCAGUGAUGGCGGUCCGGAUGAGGUCAGUUGAUCUCCUUGAGAUGUGGACAUGUAUGGGAUAAUUUGAUCUCAUUUUGUAAUGAUGGCGGUGAUGGGAGGAGCAGAAAAAGAGAUUUUUCAGUACUUCCCGAUCUGCCAGUCUGCAGGAAGCAAUAUAUGCCAACUUCCUUAGCAGUGACUGCUAAAGGUAAAGCCCUAAAUGCAAAAUACUGUUUCAAUUGGCGCACUUCUGUACUUACACUUAGUCAUUUUGAGUGAAUAAGUAUUCAAAUUAAAAAUGUUUCAAUCACGUUGCAGGAUCAAAACCAAAUGCAAAAGAAAGAUGUGAAAAACUUCCACAAACCAUAACACAGCUUCAUGAGAGAAAUGACAUAUAACACAAUAUAAGUUAGCCAGGCUACCAGGGGUGCCAGAACUGAGGGAUAUCUGUCUCCAAAGACUUACGAUAAAUGUUGUCUUUUCUGAUUUAUAAAUGCUGUUACAAAGUUAGAUACUUGUGUUAAGCAAUGCCAAAUUACCAAUUUAUAAGUUUCAUCACAUUUUGGCGUGAGCGCACAUGUAGUUUUGGAUGCCUCUCUUCGCUGGAUUUUACAAUCGAGCUAUGUAGUGAUGUCAAAGUGAGGUGGAUGUACCUAUUUGGAAAUUAAGUCAAGCUCUCAGCCAGGCUAUGAGGAAACACCAGAAAGUGUAGGAUAAAGUAUUGUUUUCAUCUGAUAUUGGCAUGCGCAUAAUAACACCGAUGUGCAACAUGCAGUGACAUAAAUGCUGCUAAAAGCAGCUUUUUAUCGCACUCUAUGAAGAG